AACGCGAUUUCCAAAAGGGCUAAAUCAAAGAUUUUUUUUUAAAUGUAAAGAAGAAACUGCGAACAUUGCGCAUGUUUUGUUCGUGAACGUUUUCCCCUGAACUUCAUACCGAAAGUACCAUUUCCACCCCCGGGCGCUUGUGAACCCUGUGGCAAAGCGAUCCCAUACCUUCUCAGCACACAACAGCGUUUCAAAAUGGCGGCAAAGCCGUCCCGAACUUGGACAGAAAUUCACAACGUAAACUUCUCUUGAAACAGAAAUACAAACAUCGUUCCCUGCACAGACUUACAGUUUUAUAAUGCCUCCAAAGAAAAGCACCCCUGUAGCCAAGUCUACCGCUCGAGGGACCACGAAAAUAGCUAGUAAACCCGCCACUACAACAAGAAAACCCACGACUUCCAAGACGGCAACUGAAGCGGGGCCCACGGGGAAAGGAGUCGCGAGUAAAAAGCCUACUGCAGCAGGAAUCAAGGGAAAGGCGAAAGCAGCUACAUCACCCCAGCCUAUGACCCUUGUCUGGACAAAACAAGAUGACUCAGCAAGGACCAUUCAGAAGUACAUUAGAAGACAUCUGGCCAAAAAACAGUUGGAAAAGCUCAAAGAUGAAAAGCAAAAUUAUGAAGAAAUGAUGGAGAAACUUCAGAAAGAGGCAUGGCUGAAGAUUGUUCAGAUGGAGCGUGAGCAGGCUGAAAAAGAAAGACAAAAAGAGGAGGAAGAAAGAAAACGCCGCAAAGAAGAAGCAAAGCGUAGAGCGAGGAUUUUAGAAGCCGCCUUUGAUGGGGAUAAUGAUGAGAUCUUAGCUGUUCUUGAAGAGACCUAUACUGAUGACCAAAAAAGGGCUGAUUUAUCUGAUGUUGCUCGUGAGUCACUAACAGUGCGGCAUCAACUGGCACUUGUUGACUGUGAGGAUGCAAACAACAACACACCCCUAUCUGAGGCUGCAAGUGGAGGGCACAGUGAUACCAUACUAAUGUUGAUCAAUAAAGGAGCUGAAAUUAACUCCAGAGGAAAGUAUCACAGGACUCCAAUAUGGCGAGCUGCAUUUGCUGGUCAUUUACAAGCAGUCCAGACACUCCUGGAAAAUGGAGGUGACCCAAGACUUGUUGCUGACGAUGGCACAAAUGCAACACAGGUUGCAUCCAUUCCAGCUGUUGAGCAAAUCUUGACAAGUUGGGAUUUGGCAAGAACAGAUGCACUCUUGGAUAAGGUCAACACAGACAGGGAGAGAAAACUAGAGGAGGAGUCCAAACGCCAAAAACUGGAAACUAACAGACUUGAAGAUGAAAUCAAAGAAGCUGAAAAGUACAAUGAUGCUUGUCAGAAAGAGCUGACCAGAGCAUAUUGUGAGUUGAACAAGAGGAUAUUUGAACAUGACUCCUGCAUGGAGGAGGGAAAGUUGGACAAGAAAGAGAUUACCAUCCAGGCUAUCCAUGAUGCAGAAGCUGUACUUGAGUUGGUGAAGAAAAAAGCUGAGGCAUCUAAAGAAAAGCUUUCCAAGGCUAAACUAAAACUACGUGAACAGAUAAAACAAGACAAAAAAGGUGAAAGUGAGGAGAAUUUACAAGGUAUUAAAGUCAUGAUACGAGACCUUGACGAUGUCUUGUUUAGAGACGUUGGUGGAAAGAUUGCAGCAGGUGGCAGGUGGCCUCUGUUGAUUGACCCCUCUGGGCAAGCGGCCAUGUUUCUUCGCUAUCGAGACACUAAUUACAUUAAUGCCCUGAACCCCACCCAAGUGGAGCCCGAGGUGAUCAGGCUAGCUCUUUUGGGUGCUAUCCGGUUUGGCAAGCCCUUCGUUCUAGACAUGAUGGAAGUGGACAUGUUUGAUACCAUGGUCAUGAAGUUUGACGACGUGCAGAAAGGACUGUUGCCGUCGAUAAUGGACAAAGGGAUUUUUAAAGAUAAUAUGUUUUUGAAGUUGGUCAAGCCAGAUGACGGUGAACAAUACAGCAAGACAGCCUUUCUCGGGGCGAGGAUCGAGAACUUUAUGUUGGUUAUCAUCACAAAACAGUGGAAUCCACCAGAAAAACUGAUGGAGCAGACAUACCCUAUCCGAAUUAUCAUUCCGUCGCUGCCAGACUUCUAGUGAGCCAUCAGAUAGCAUAGUAACGAUAUAACCUUCAUUACCAGAAUAUAGUUGCCCCUCUCAAACACCAGUGAAACGAGCAAACAAAAUCCCAAAUGGCAAAGUCUUACUUUUGCUCUCAAUUACCCCAAGAUCCCCAUUAUCUAAAAAACGUCCUAUUUGGCGGUGCCAGAAACUCUAAUAUUUACUCACAAAAUGUUUCGAAGGUAUGUAAACAUAUUCUGUAUCUUUCUGGGAAACAAGGGUAGUACGUGGAAUGUCUAUCGUAAACCGAGGCCUACAUGGAAUCCUAGAAUAAAAAGCCCGCAGAACGUGCUAAAAGAAGAAUAAGCAAACGAGGGCAUGUCUUGGUGGGUUUACUAGGGUUGGUUGUGUGACUGGUGCAUUUAUGAACAAACGAACACUGGUUACUGGAAGCCCUACAAGAUCAAGGAUGAUAUCCGCCAACGAACGUUUUUGAUUCAUUUUCUCGUAAAUGGGACCAGAAUCCGCUAACCCGAAGUGAUUUGUCUCCCUUCAGUGGUACUUUUUAGUUAACUGUAACUAUUUUUACCCUUGAUAGUUUAAACUAUUUCCUCCACCACCAAACCGAGUAUCUGGAUUCAAAUUUGUAUUUAUGUGAAUGGGAUAUUUUCUUACAAUAGUUAUGUUUUAUAGGGUUUUGCGUAAUAUUUUCAACAUGGUUUUACAGCCAAAAUUCAUUAUGUAAAUUAUCUAAUGGCGUACCUAUGAAACUGUAAUGUAUAAUGUUGUAUCAGUGUGCAGGCUAAGAGCCAAGUCGAAUUGUCCUUUCAUUAAGAAAAUGGUAAA